AUGGACGAAAAGCAUAUCAAAACUGUGGCUGGAAGUCCUGAAAGCCAUAGCGAUGGAGACAAUUCUGAGAUCGACUGGUCAGCAGAAGAGGAGCAGCGUCUGGUUCGAAAAGUCGACGUCCUCAUCAUGCCACUUUUGAUUCUUGCCUUUUUUGCGCUACAACUCGACCGCGGAAACAUGGGCAAUGCUUUGACGGAUUACUUUCUCAGAGAUGUAGGCAUCUCUCAGAACCAGUUCAACGUCGGUCAGCAGCUGCUGUCGGCAGGAAUCGUGAUUCUUGAGAUUCCCAGCAACCUUAUCUUGUACCGAGUUGGACCGACUCUCUGGAUCGGAGGCCAGAUUAUUGCAUGGGGUUUAGUCGCAACCUUUCAAGCGUUCCAGAAGGGUCUCGGCCCGUUCAUGGUCACUCGCCUCCUUUUGGGGUUGUGCGAGGCUGGCUUCAUCCCAGCAGCGCUGUAUACAAUGACGCGGUGGUACAAGAAAGAAGAAACCAGCAAGAGAUUCUCAUGGUUCUUCAUUGGAAAUAUGCUCGCAGCAGCUUGCUCAGGCCUCAUCGCCUAUGGCAUUCUGCACAUGAGAGGCGUCGCCAACCUUGCAGGAUGGCAGUGGCUAUUCCUGCUUGAAGGUAUCUUCACUGUACUAGUCGGCAUUUUCUUCUUGGUCUUCUUCCCCAACCAAGUCAGCGAUCCGGUGUCGAUGAUGGGUCUGCGGUAUUUUACGGAACGUGAGGCCGAGAUUCUCUACAAGAGGGUAAUGAUCGAUGAUCCUUCAAAGGCUCAUCCGAGGAAGUCAGUCAGCUGGCCAGAGUUGAGAGGAGCAUUGACAAACUGGAAGCUCAUUCCUCAUGUCAUCUUCACCAUUGCCGCCCUCUCUCCGUCUUCCACUCUGAGCUCGUAUGCGCCGUCUUUGGUUGCUUCGAUGGGGUACGACAGACUGCAGGCGAACGCAAUGGUUUCGAUCGGGGCCUGGAUUCUCAUACCCGUCAACUUGUUCUGGGGAUGGAUCGCCGACAAGACAAGAGUGCGCGGGCCAUGGGUGUUCCUGGGAUUGCUGAUCUUUUGGGGCUUCAACCUUGGCAACUUGUUGUUGAUUGACUCUGACCGUACGAGGAGAUUCACAAUGUUGACUCUCUCCGUCGCAUUUUCUUUCCCUUGGCACCCCGUCAACGGAGCUUGGGUGUCAAUGAACGCCAAGUCCGCCGGUGAGAGGUCCAUCACGAUGGCGAUUCUCAUCAUGGCUGCCAACUGCUCUGGUAUCGUUGGCAAGCAGCUGUUCCGCGAGGGCGAUGGACCAAAGUAUCGUCAGGGCUGGACGGUGAUCACGGGGCUUGUGACUGCUGCGGUUGUCUGCGGCAUCUGGGCCAACGUGCAGUACUACAUCCUGAACAAGCGCAGGCUGAGUCGGACUGGGCUUGCUUAUCAGUAUUGA